AUGGGCUCCCAGUCCGGGGCCGCGCGCAAAAAGGUCACCAUGAGCACCAUCAAGUCGCUCUACCAAAAGGGCGAGCCCAUCGCCAUGAUCACCGCCCACGACUUCCCCAGCGCCUACGUCGCCGACCAGAACGGCAUCGACAUGAUUCUGGUGGGCGACAGCCUGGCCAUGGUGGCGCUGGGCAUGGAAGACACCAACGAGGUCGAGGUCGAGGACAUGCUGCUCCAUUGUCGCUCAGUAGCCCGCGCCGCCAAGAGCGCCUUUACCGUUGGAGAUCUGCCCAUGGGCUCGUAUGAAAUCUCUCCCGAACAGGCCCUGGCCACAGCCAUCCGCUUCGUCAAGCAGGGCAAGGCGCAGAGCGUCAAGCUCGAGGGCGGCAAGGAGUUUGCCCCCACCAUUCGCAAAAUCACCUCCGCCGGCAUCCCGGUCCUUGCCCACAUCGGCCUCACUCCCCAGCGCCAGAACGCCCUCGGGGGGUUCCGCGUCCAGGGCAAGACGUCCGCCGGCGCCAUGAGAGUCCUGGAAGACGCCCUUGCCGUGCAGGAAGCAGGCGCCUUUGCCGUGGUGCUCGAAGCCGUCCCCGCCGAGGUCGCCGCCCUCAUCACCCAGAAGCUGUCCAUUCCCACCAUCGGCAUCGGCGCUGGCAACGGCUGCUCGGGCCAGGUGCUUGUCCAGAUCGACUUGACUGGCAACUUCCCACCCGGGAGGUUCAUGCCCAAGUUUGUCAAGAAGUAUGGCGACAUCUGGGGCGAGGCGGCGCGGGCAGUUGUGGCCUACCGGGAUGAGGUCAAGAGCAAGCAGUUUCCUGCCCCUGAGCACACGUAUCCGAUGCCUGCGGAAGAGUUUGAGUCGUUUGCCAAGGCCGCAAAGGACCUGUGA